GUCACAUCAGCAGCGAAGUCCGUACACGACUCCAGAACCCCGACGGUGGCGACGAACACUCAGGUUGAGACGACCAACACGGCCCACGCUGACCACGAAUUCGUACGAUCUCUUCUUGAGGAUGACGACAACAGCGCAACCCAGGGCCAGGCCUUCGUGGAGCACAAAUUAAAGAAGACGCUGACGAAUCCAAAGAAAGCGAAGAAGCUGUACCAGUACUGGUAUAAGCAGGGAUACACUGCUGAGCAAGUUGCCAGCGACUUAGGUCAGACUGAGAACAGAGAGCUCGACCCGACAUACAAGAAAAUCUCUAGCGGUUAUGCAGCGUACAUCAAGGAGCAGUCUGCAUAG